AUGGAACACUACCAAGCUCAAAAACUUGAAAGAUUAUUAAAAAUGUCUAUUUAUACAAAGCAAUAUUUUAUUACAAAAAAUGUAUCAAAUUUUAUUAAAUCUGAUGUAUGGAGUAAGUUUGGGUUCCCUGCAAAAAUUCAAAAUGAUGGUCUUCAUGAUGUUAUACCGGGUUUUGUUACUCGUUUUGACUGUUAUAAAACUCUUUUAUAUGAUGGCA